UGGGUUUAAAUUGUGACAUCAAAAGCCAGGUGGGAAACUCUGGAAGUGCCUGUGCAGGGUUAAUAAACGAGUUUCCACCUUCUCUGCUGCCUGUGAGUGUGGAACUCGCUGUUCCAGCAGAGCAGUUGCUGUGAUGACCUUAAACCUGGGCUCCCCUGAGGCCUGGAGGCGCUGGAGAUGCGUCUGUGUGCCUUGGAGACGUGUUUGUGUGUGUUUUUCCUGCUGGCUGAUGAUUCAGGGAGCCAGAACUCUUCUGCCCCCUUGGAAGCACAACUGGUAAUGGGUAAUGGUGUGAGAGAGGGUCCAGUGGAAUUCCCAAAGGAUGUGGAGCCAGUCACAGCAGCCCAUCUCCCAGCAGAGGAUAAUCAGGAGAAGAAGAAAGUGCUCAACUCCCUGAUGUCUGGUGCAUUGGCUGGUGCUGUUGCUAAAACUGCAGUGGCUCCCCUGGAUAGGACAAAAAUCAUGUUCCAAGUGUCUUCAAAAAGAUUUUCUGCCAAGGAGGCUUACAGGCUCAUCUACCGCACCUACCUCAACGAGGGCUUCUGGAGCCUCUGGAGAGGGAACUCGGCCACCAUGGUCCGUGUGAUCCCCUACGCCGCCAUCCAGUUCUGCGCCCACGAGGAGUACAAGCAGCUCCUGGGGAGCUACUACGGCUUCCAGGGAAAGGCCCUGACCCCCUUCCCUCGGUUCAUUGCCGGCUCCCUGGCGGGCACCACGGCUGCCAUGGUCACCUACCCCCUGGACAUGGUCCGUGCCCGCAUGGCUGUCACGCCCAAGGAGAUGUACAGCAGCAUUGUCCAUGUUUUCAUCCGGAUAUCCCGGGAGGAAGGGCUGAAAACCUUGUACAGGGGGUUCACCCCCACCAUCCUGGGGGUGAUCCCCUACGCUGGGCUCAGCUUCUUCACCUACGAGACCCUGAAGAAAGUCCAUGCAGAUCACAGCGGGAAGGCCCAGCCCUCCCCUCCAGAGAGGCUGCUCUUCGGAGCCUGUGCAGGGCUCAUCGGGCAGUCGGCCUCCUACCCGCUGGACGUGGUGCGGCGGCGGAUGCAGACGGCGGGAGUGCUGGGCCACACCUACAGCUCCAUCCUGCUCACCAUGAGGGACAUCGUCAGGGAAGAGGGACUCAUCCGGGGCUUGUACAAAGGCCUCAGCAUGAACUGGGUCAAAGGGCCCAUCGCGGUGGGAAUCAGCUUCACCACCUUCGACCUGACGCAGAUCCUGCUCCGCAAGCUGCAGCACGGCGCCGGUGAGGAGAGGUAGUGCUUGAACCCCCUCAGCCAGGGGAAAAGUCCCAAACUGUGUAGAAAGAGCGAUGCCCCCGUGCUCUCCCGCAGCUCAGAACUCACCUGCCUUGUUUUGGGUUUCCUGUCGUUCCUGGAUUUAUUUUUUUUUUUUUUUUUUGGUCCUUUUUAACGAGUCCCUGGGAAACCUCAAAGGGCCCAUCACGGUGGGAAUCAGCUUCAACACCUUUGACCUGCCACAGAUCCUGCUCCAUAAGCUGCAGCACGUGGAGAGGUAGUGCUUCCACCACCUCAGCCAGGGGAAAAGUCCCAAACUGUGUAGAAAGAGCGAUGCCCUCCCACAGCUCAGAACUCACCUGCCUUGUUUUGGGUUUCCUGUCGUUCCUGGAUUUUUUUUUUAUUUUUUUUUUUUUUUUUUUUGGUCCUUUUUAACGAGUCCCUGGAAAACCUCAAGGGGCCCAUCACAGUGGGAAUCAGCUUCACCACCUUUGACCUGCCACAGAUCCUGCUCCAUAAGCUGCAGCACAUGGAGAGGUAGUGAGUGCUUCAACCCCC